AUGACGCAAUAUCUACAUGAAUACUACCCGAGUUUAUACCCAUCGCACCUGGCAGUGCAGAUCAACAAACUGCUCGCACAGUUGCAUGAGAUUAAUUACUUCUCACUCACAUACACCCGGAGACCGGAUCGGGCGUCUGAUAUGUUGAACGCAGUCGAGAAGAGGCUUGCAGAUCCGGGUAUAUCGAAAAAAUAUCGAACGGCGUUGGAGCAUAAGCGAAAAGUGAUCCUCUCAACACGAGCACCAGCAUUAGAUGCGUCUUUCAUCAAGAAGGAAGAAGAUAAAACCGUCGCAUUCCUGUCGCAAGUGACUGCGGUCAUGGAUGCCUCUUGCAACGAGAAUGCACCUUGGAUCUUUGGCACAGAAGUUCCGACUGCGCUUGACGCGCAUAUGAUACCGUUUCUGGCACGUUUGGUUGAUGUGGAUCGGGAGAAUAUGCUUGGGUCUACGUCAAGAAGGUACCUUGAAAUGGCAAUGGAGACGAGGAUAUGGACGGACACGAUGCAGGGCCGAAGAACAGUGCAUGGGACUUAUCUUCCUGCGAAAUGA